UUUCAUUGCUAAAAUAGUGUAAUUUUUCAGAUUUAUUUUUCUUUAAAAGAUUUUUAUAAUUAAAUGUAACAUAGUAUCAUAUUUUCUGUACUUCUUACUUAUCUCCGAAUGGUAUCAUUUUUGUAAAAUAUUAGUAAUUUAAAAUGUCUGAGAUUCCUCAUACAAAUUCUUUAAAUCAUGACAAAGAUCAUAUUUCAAGUUCUAAAGCUCGAGAACCUGAGGAAGACUUGCCCGAAAAGCUAACGAAUCUUAAGUUAUCGGUGAAUACGAACUCAGAUCCCACUCCAAAUUCAACUACAGAUUCCUCUUCAAUUAGAGCACGAAUAUUUAGAAGGUUUUCUAUCUCCCCUACAAACUCGUACAUUCCUGAGCAUAAGUUUUGGGACACGCAACUUGUUACUAAACUCACCGACGUUGUUAAUUCUAACGAAUGUGGUCCCAUUGACCCAAAUGAGGAUGUUUCAAGAGUUAAAAAGAACCCUAUUCCUCUCCCAAAUGGGUUUGAGUGGAUUUCACUCGAUAUUAAUGAUGAAGAAGACAGAAAUCAAGUUUACAAGCUGUUGAGUGAGAAUUAUGUAGAAGACGGUGAUGCGCUGUUCAGAUUUGAUUAUAAGCGUGAAUUCUUAAUUUGGGCACUGACAGUACCAAAUUAUAAUAAAGAUUGGCAAAUUGGUGUUCGAGUUUCAUCCUGCAAAACAUUAAUUGGAUAUAUAACGGCAGUGCCAGUUAAUGUGAAUGUUGUUGGCAACACCUUGAAAUUAGCUGAAGUUAACUUUUUGUGCAUUCACAAGAAAUUCCGAUCAAAAAGACUUGCCCCAGUCCUCAUUAAAGAAAUUACUAGGAGAGUUAAUCUUUGUGGAAUUUGGCAAGCAAUUUAUACUGCUGGAAUCGUAAUCCCAAGACCAAUUGCCAAAUGUAGAUAUUGGCAUCGACCUCUUGAUAUUAAAAGACUCAUUGCGUCUCGUUUCUCCGGAGUUGGGAGAAGAAUGACCAUAAGUCGAGCUGUUCGAAUUUAUAAAGUCAAUGAUAUUCCCAACGUUGAAAUGAGACCAAUGGAGGGUAAAGAUGUGUUAAGUCUACACAAAUUAUUGACAAAACAUCUCCAAAACUAUAAGUUAUAUCAAGAGUUUGACGUGGAUGAGGUUGAACACCAAUUUAUGCCCCGUGAAGACAUAAUUCAGACUUUCGUGAAAACAGUUGAUGGUCAAGUGACUGACAUGCUGAGCUACUACUCCCUCCCCUCCAGUGUUAUCAAUAACCGUAAAGUCCACACAAUCCGUGCGGCAUACUCCUUCUACAACAUAGCCACCACCAUGUCAUUCAAGUCUCUAAUGGAGCAUGCAAUUUAUUUUUCGAAAUCUCAAGGAUACGAUGUUUAUAAUGCUCUGGAUCUUAUGGAAAAUUCGCUAGUAUUCAAGGAUUUAAAAUUCGGAAUGGGCGAUGGAGACCUUCACUAUUACAUGUUCAAUUACCGAGUGCCAGACCUUAAACCAUCCGACGUUGGAAUAGUACUCUUAUAAUCUUUUUUUGUUAGAAAGAUCAUAAUUUAUUACUAUAAAAGUUA